AUGUCGUACGACGAGGUGGAGAUCGAGGACAUGGAGUGGAACGAGGAGUUGGGGGCGUUCACGUACUCCUGUCCCUGUGGCGACCUUUUCCAGAUUACUCUCGAGGAGCUUAAGAAUGGAGAGGAGAUCGCAAGAUGUCCAAGCUGCUCCCUUUUCAUCACAGUCAUCUAUAAUUCGGAGGACUUCCAGGGAGAUGGCCCUGGAAAAGUGGAGCAUACUGUCGUUGUGCUGGAUCCGGACGUGGAUAAACAAUACCUUGAUAAGAUUCAACACCGAACAAAAGAAAAGCACUUCUCGUUUGACAGGGCCUUUAGUGGCAUUUCGUCCAAUGUGGUGAGUUGCGAGACCACUAAAAACCUGCACCUCGAGGACCUCCUGAGAUUGGGAAAACAUUAUUAUGACAAUGCGCAGGAGAUAUACACUCCCACAGUGCAGCCUAUGAUUCAGGGCCUUACAGAAGGUCUAAACGCCACAGUCUUCGCUUAUGGUGCAACUGGCAGCCUUGGAUACUUCGGGCAGAUCAUAUAUGACCUCUUGGUGGAAUCAUCUGGAAGCUUGGAGUUGAGAGAAGAUCCUGGUCAGGGAGUUUCUGUCGCUGGUUUAAAACGCAUCAAGGUUCAAAGUGCUGGAAAGAUAUUGGAUUUGUUAAGACAGGGGAAUCUUCGGCGGAAAACUGAGAGCACGGACGCCAACUUGACAUCAUCAAGUGAACGAGCUUCAGAGACAAACAACAUGGGACAGCAGUUAAGGGAUGGCGCCAACAUAAACAAGUCUCUUCUUGCACUUUCUAACUGCAUCAAUGCUCUAUGCCAGCAACAGAAGCGAGGGGUUGGCUACGUUCCUUACAGAAACAGCAAGCUGACAAGAUUGUUAAAAGAUGGCCUCAGUGGCAAUUCACGAACUACAAUGGUGGCUACAAUCUGCCCUGCCGCCGACCAGUACCAUCACAUCAUCAACACUUUGAAGUAUGCUGACCGUGCAAAGGAGAUCAAAACACGAAUAAGGACCAAUGUGCGAACUGUGGACUCACAAUCAGGCGACUACCUCAGAAUGAUUGAGAAGCUUCAGGAUGAAGUAAGCAUGCUGAAGGGUCAGUUGGCUGAGCAAGCAACCACUUCCAGUAUGAACCCUGUUGGUGAUCCAUCUGGCACGUCAUGGCUAGACGACAUAAGUAGGCAACUGAACGAAAACGUCCAAGAGCGCAUUAAUAUGCAAAAAGCCAUGUGCGAGCUCAACGAGUGCUUGAAGAGGGCUGGUGAUGAAGUUUGCCGAUUGGACCAAAAGAUUGCUAUUUUGCAGAAUGAGGAGGAUAUUUCUAUGAAGCUGGACGAACUGCGUCACCAGAGAGCAGCUAUCGUGGAAAGCAUGUGUGAGAAUGAGGAGCUGAAACUGCUAUAUGCAAAGGACAUCAGCAAUAACGAAGCCGAAAGAGAGCUCCUUCAGAAAAGGCUGGACUCAUUCGUCAGUAACCAUGAAAAUUCCUCAUUUCUGCACAUCCUCAACCAGUUCAGGUUCCUAAGUGUGGAGAUGACAGAGAUGCAAUUUCAAAUGGCUCUGAGAGAUCAGUUAAUUGUGGAAAAAACAUCAGCAAUGAACAGCCUUUGGAUGCUACUUCAAGCAUCAGACAUUGACAUCGAGGAGCUGCUUGACGCAGCCGUCCAGAAGGGUGUCCCUCUGGAUAGCUCUUUGUCUUCCUACAUUGAUGUGAAGCUGAAGGAAGCUAUUGCUACCCCAAAUGGCAGUCCUAAGUUUGCACAAUCAGUCUUCAGAGCUGCAGCACGAACUGUUCACUCAAGAUUGCAUCGGGUCAAUACAGAUCCAGCAGGAUCACUAUCCCGUCCAUACCUGCCAUUCAGUCCGAGUGAUCAAAGGAAUGUCGCUGACUUUCCCACGGAGGACAAAAUCACUGCAAGGGAGGAUGGGGUGCAGGGCAUUCUUGAAGCACCUGCAGCAAAUGUGCCCUUCACCCAGAAUGCAACCAAUGGGAGCUUGUCAGCUAAACCAAUCCAUCAAGAACAGCACAUUGACACUCUAGUUACUGAGCCUGAUACAGGAGAAGUUGGAGCCAACAUGGUCCGUGAAUCAGUGCUCGCCAACACGCUUUUGAUGUCUGAGGCGAUGUUACGCAUCAGUCCGAUGGAGCUGUCAGGCGCUGAGGCUGAAAUGUGUGACAGUCCAUCUGGAAGCACUACUCCACCAAGAACAGCGGCUAUUCAAGUUUGUGCAAAGGUUCUCGGCGAAGUCCCAACCUCCAGGCCCAAAACAAGCUCCCCUCGAAAACGCUCAGUUUGGCAUGAGAAGCUAGGCACUUCAUCAAGUCCAAGCUCGCCAGCACGACGAGCUGGCUCGCCUGGUGCUUUGGCCACUGGACCAAGACGACCAGUGCCAAAAGAGCGAAAAAUAAGCGCUUUUCACACGAAAUUGGAGCGUCGCACUGACGUCGAGUGCGGUGCAGCAGGUCGAGCAGUUUGGAAUCACCGAUUUAAUUUCCUUCUUCCUGACCGCGAGCAAGAUUACCCUCCAGAGAUGGACGUCCACAUCUGGGACAAGGUAAACGGCCAAGACAAGUACAUGGGAUUCUGCAAGGUGCACCUGGAGCAGGUCUACCUUCGUCAAUCUAUGGACGCCGUCUGGCCGGUGCACCAACGAAACGGCAAGCUUCUUGGUCACAUCAGAUUCCAUUUCUCAAUUCUUGUGGAAGACGUCAACGGCGAUGGCGCUCUCCCGUCCGCUCCUCCAGAAACACCUACUCCUCUCCUUGAGCAUUCCCGCGUGAAUAGGAGGACCAACACAAGCAUAGGAAUAGCCACAACUCUAACAGCUCCUGUUCAAGAAGCUUCGAAUAAAGCAGUCGCCUGCAGUGGAAACGCGCUUGGGGCGUAUAAUAAAGGCAAGGCUGCUGACUCUUCUGUGACUGCCGCUGCUGCUUCGAACGAGGCUUUGGAGCCUCAGCCGAAGCGUAUCAACCCUUCUUCAGCAGCACCUCCUGCUGCGAUGCCGUCGUCUCCCAUGGGUCCUCCUUCUCCCAACUCUCUGAGGUUCUCUCCGUCUAAAGCGUUUAAGAAGGUUACUGCGUCUUCUAGACAUGCCGUCCGUCCCGGUUCUUGUAACGGCGCUGGAAACACAACCGACUGCACUGACGGAGGUAGCGGUGCCGUCACCGCAAUUGACGCCCGCCCGUCAAUUGCUGACGUCGACUCGCGCGACAGUCAAACGGCGCUUGCUUCGUCUGCCGUGCAGCGGUUCACCAAUAACGGCGCUGCGGGCUUUGCGCCAGCCAAGCCUCUUCCGCCUCUCAGCGUGAUCGGCGGCGGGGAUGGCGCUAACGAUGGACAUGCAGCCACAGAAGCAGCCUCUGCUUUCGCACCCGUGCAUCAGCGAUCAGGAGCAGCUACAUCGUCUGGUGGUCCCGCUUUAGCGUCUGCCCUUACUGCUUUUGCUUCUACGGCUUCUGCUUCUGCUGCUUCUACUGUGGGUGGAGCUCACCGUUCUGCGGCUCAGCCUCUAUCAACUCCUGAUGCUCUCGCCGCUGACGUUCUUACCAAGGGCUGGGACCUCUCCGCCAUCGCUUCGCUGACGUCAGCUGUUCUGUCUGCAUCUGGCAAAGGAACGCCACAGGGCAAAAACUCUAUGACCUCUGUGGCCGCUGCCACAGCUGCUGCUGGGACUAGGCCUGGUGGCGUAUCUGCUUCCUCUGCUCCUGCCAAUGGUGCUCCUUCUGGUGCGCGUGCAGGCACUGGGGCGAAUCGUCAGGCGAUUUUGAACCAGGAACUCAUUGCAGAAGCCCUCUGCAUGGCUUUGCUGGGCGAAGCAGGCAAGGCUGAGCCUGCAAGGAAGCAGGGAAAGAACGCUGACCCUGGUGCUGCUGGCCCGAAUGGUUCAAAGCGGAGCUGGGAGCUGCAGCUGGAGAAGAGAGAGGUGGGGGUGGGUGCAGGCAUUGGAGCAGAUGACGUGGUGGAUGAGGGUCCCAAGCGGCAACGCAUUGCUUGA